AUGAGCUGUAUGAUCUUAGUGCAUCCUAAUGUCAGUCAAGGCUGCCAAGGAGGCUGUGCAACAUGUUCGGAUUACAAUGGAUGUUUGUCAUGUAAGCCCCGGCUAUUUUUUGUCCUGGAGAGGAAUGGCAUGAAGCAGAUUGGAGUGUGUCUCUCUUCAUGUCCAAGUGGAUACUAUGGAACACGAUCUCCAGAUAUAAAUAAGUGUACAAAAUGCAAAGCUGACUGUGAUACCUGUUUCAACAAAAAUUUCUGCACAAAGUGUAAAAAUGGAUUUUACUUACACCUUGGAAAGUGCCUUGACAUCUGCCCUGAGGGGUUGGAAGCUAACAAUCACACCAUGGAGUGCUCCAGUAUUGUGCACUGUGAAGCUAGCGAGUGGAGUCCGUGGAGCCCAUGUACGAAAAAAGGAAAAACAUGUGGUUUCAAAAGAGGGACUGAAACACGGUUCAGAGAAAUCAUACAACAUCCUUCUGCAAAGGGCAACCUGUGUCCACCUACGAGUGAGACAAGAAAGUGUAUGGUGCAAAGAAAGAAGUGUCCAAAGGGAGAACGAGGAAAGAAAGGAAGAGAGAGAAAAAGAAAAAAGCUAAAUAAAGAAGAAAGUAAGGAAACAAAACCUGAGAACAAAGGCCAGGAUCCCAGUUCAGAAUCCCGAGAUCAAAGGGAAAAUAAAGACAAACAGCAGCAGAAGAAACGAAAAGUCCAAGAUAAACAACAGAAAUCGGUAUUAGUCAGCACUGUACAUUAAAAAGGUCUCAUGUGAUUGUUUUAGACUUAUGAUGCUGCUAUCUCCACCAGAUUCCCAGGACAGGUGCUCUAGCCAUUAGAACCACAAGUGGAAAAUGUUACCAUCUAAACAACAUUCCAGAUAGUUCCUAUACUCUCCAUACAAACAUAGUUAAUAACCAAGACAUUCAUGAGCCACGAGUACAAAGAAAUCUAAAGAAGGGAUACUUUCAAGGGAUUAUCCUAUAUGCUUCUGUGCAUUUGUAAAAGAGACCUAAGAAUUUUUGUACAUAAUUAUUAACAGGCUAUAAGAUAUAACAUUAUAAUGAUGGCAUCUGGAGAAGCAACAUUUUUUCUUUGUAAAAUAAUUUUCAGGCUAUUGUUUUAAGUAAGAAGCAAAAGAGAUGUCUACUAAGUCAAGGCACAGUAUCCCUUCAAAAUAAAUGGUGUACCACAAAAAAAAUGGGAUUUGGGGAGCAGGGAAGGAAGAGAAAAAAAAACUAUCAAAGGACAGUGAAAAUCUAAAGUUCAACAGCUCUUUGUUGAUUUCUUGGAAAAGAUAUUCAGAAUUAGGCCCUGAUAUUUCCUGUCCUAUGGUUUAUCAGAACUGAACUGUUUUAAAAUUGGUUCCCUUGUACUCAUCCUGUACUCCUGCCUGCAAGAAACCCUAGAGUGGAUAGUAACAAUUAUGUGGGAAUGGGGAGAGGAAAAAAAGUGGAAGAAACUGCUGGGAUGGAGAGUAUUUUUGUGCUUCACAAAACUGUGAAGGACCAGUGGUUCUGCUCCAGUGGAGCAGCACUCUAAUCUCUAAGGAAAUAUGACGGGUUUCUCCUUCAUCAGUGCUCCUGUCUGGGCUGUCCCCGGAGUCAUAUAAACUGCGAAAUGUAUCUACACUACAAACGUUACUUACAACAAACAAACCCAUAUUUGUAGGAGAAAAGGCUGAAUUAAUAAAGAACAGAAAAUAGAGCACAGAAAAUUGUAAUAUGUUUUUGCAGUUGUGUUUUUUUUCCCUCUCACAUUGGGGGGAAAAUGCUUCCUUAUCAGCUUUAUGACCCAUGAGGAAUCCAAGGAUAUUAAUUCUUUAACAAGGUAUAUCUAGUGGGAAAAA